UCGAAGUUUCCAAGGCCGCGCGGCCUCGCCGUUCCCCCCCGGAUCCCCUACAUCACCAUGGACGCGGCGGCGCCUCGGCCCCUCCCACCGCGCCACUCUCAUCUUCGGGACCACCAGCAAGCACAGCCGCCUCGACCCCUGACAUGGUUCCAUCGACCGCGACCGCCGCGGCCGGCGCGGCGGCGGGGUGGCUGGUGUCGCCGCUGCUGCAGUGCCUGGGCGACCGGGCCAGGUCGUUCGCCGACGACCUCGCUCGCUACCUCCCGGGGGGAUCCGGGGACGCGCCCGCCGACCUCGCGCGCCUCUCUGGCGAGCUCCUCCGCCUCCAGAUGAACGCCGCCGACGUCGAGCGCGCUCGGCGCCGGCCCUCCGACCCCGCCCUCGUCGCCUGGCUCCACCGCCUUAGGGACGCGGCCCACGACGCCGACGACCUCCUCGACGACAUCCACUACGGCCGCCUCGCCGACUCCCUCGCCGCCCCACGCCAUAAGCUCCGCCGCAUCCUCGACUUCUCCCUCUCCCUCUGCCGCCGCCUAUUCCGCUCCGACGAGCCCCUCAGUCGGCUCCCCUCCGUCCUAGAGAAUCUCGUCGCCGCCUCCGCGGCGUACGCUGAGAUCGCCCACCUCGUCAAGCUGGACGCGGCCGCCUCUCCGCGGCUUGGUUACGAACCAGCCGUGAACUUUAGCUCUGCCGUCCCGGUCGACGACACUCUCUUUGGCCGGGGCCGCGAGCUCGCCGAACUGAUGGAAAGGUUAGUGGGGUGUAGUGACCCUGGCCCUGCUCAACUCGGGAACCAGGGUGUCCCGGUUGUUGCCAUUGUUGGCGAUGGUGGCAUUGGCAAGACGACGCUGGCGCAGAUGGCCUUCAAUCAUGUGAACAUCCAGGUUCACUUCGAUCUCCAGAUGUGGGUGCGCGUCUCGAGCUGUAUGAAUCUAAUGCAGCUUACUAGGGAGAUACUGCAGGCGGCUACAAAGGGGAAGGAGUCGAAGGACUAUCCUGGGUUAGUCAAUUUUGAUUCUCUGCAAGGCUUGCUGCGUUCUGCUGUUGAAGGGAAGAGGUUCUUGCUCAUCCUUGAUGAUGUUUGGGAUGAUAGUGGAAGGAAGAUUUGGCAGAACGUGGACCAGUGGAAGGAGCUACUAUCACCUCUGAAGAAUGGUCAGCAAGAUAGCAGAAUAGUUGUGACUACACGCAUGAAGAUGGUGGCUGACAUGCUAGGUGUAAGGAUCCCAAUGAUGCUGGCUGGAUUGUGUACUGAAGAGCAUUGGUUGUUGCUCAAGAAGCACGCAUUGGGUUGUGAGAAAAGUUGUGAAUAUCUGCAGUUGGAGGAGAUUGGGAGAAAGAUUGCUUUGAAGCUAGGAGGAUCCCCUCUUGCAGCUAAAGUUAUUGGCGGGAUGCUUAAUGGUGAUCGAACGGCAAGGUAUUGGAACAGUAUCUUGGAGACAGAUAUUCACAGUGACGUUGUCACCACACUUUUGUCUAGCUAUUACCAUCUGCCACCACACCUGCAGUGUUGCUUUGCAUAUUGCAGUAUAUUUCCGAAGAAUUGGAAGUUUGAGCCUAAGAAGCUUGUUAGGAUGUGGAUAUCACAAGGUUUCAUUCAGAUGGAAAAUGGCAGAAGCAUGGAGGAUUGUGGUAAAGAGUAUUUCAAACAACUUUUGUCAAGGUCAUUCUUUCAGAUGGUCAAGCAAGGAAACAAAAGGCUCUAUCUCAUGCAUGACUUGAUUCAUGACUUGGCACAAAUGGUUUCUGAUGGUGAUUGUGGGAGGGUCGAAGGUGACAUGUCCAAAAACAUACUGCCAACCAUCAGACACUUGUCAGUUUCAAGUAACUGUUUAGGAAAGAUAAAAGACCAAUAUAAUCUGAAGAGAUUAAGGACACUGAUUGUGUUUAGAGAUCCUUUGAUGCCCCCGAGUCCUAUCCCAGAUGGUUUUCUCGCUGAGAUAAAGAAUGUGCGCACAUUGGAUUUUACCGGAUGUGAUAUAUCCAAGUUACCUGAAGCAAUUGACGUACUAACUCAUCUACGCUACAUAGCACUUCCUGAUACUAUCAAGACCAUACCUGAAUCUGUGAGCAGAUUACUGCAUCUUCAGACUCUUGAUAUUCCGAAGAAGUGCCAGCUUGAUGGAUUUCCUGAGGGUAUGCACCAGUUGACCAGCUUGCGAUAUCUUGGCAUCGAAUCAAAAUACAUCUCAACAAUAAGAGGUAUUGGUAGUCUGGUUAACCUUCAAGGUUCUGUUGAGUUCCAUGUUAAAAAGGAAAAGGGUCGAACCUUAGAAGAGUUGAAGGAUAUGAAGGAUCUUCAUGGGCUUCUUAGCAUCAAGAAUCUGGAAAAUGUUCAAUGCAAAGAGGAAGCUUGUGAAGCUCAAUUGGCGAAUAAGCAACAUGUGAACAUUUUAAAAUUUGAAUGGAGUGUUGCCAAUUUAGAUUUUGGUCCCAACAUAGAUGCUGAAGUAUUGAACUGCUUACAACCUCAUCCCAAUCUGGAAGAACUUCACAUUGCAAGGUACAAAGGGGCAUCAUCGCCGAGGUGGUUGCAGCUGAAAAUGUUGUCCCACCUGAAAUGCCUGUAUCUAGCUAAUUGCAGAAGGUGGAAGUGGCUUCCUCCUCUGGGGCAGCUUCCAUCUCUGAGGGUGUUGCACCUGAAGGAAAUGAAUUCUGUUGCUGAAAUUGGCCCUUCGUUCUAUGGUGGCUUGAUGGCAUUUCAAUCUCUAAAGGAUCUUGAAUUUGAUGACAUGCCGAAUUUAGUUCGCUGGACAGGAGAAACUGGUAGCUCAUUUCUCCCUUCCCUGCAAAAGUUGAAGAUUUCAAACUGUCCAAAGUUGGAUGAAGUGCCCUUGCUUCCUUGUACAAUAAAAAGAGUGACGGUAGAACGAAGUAAAGUUUCACAUCUCAAGUUGUCCCCUCAUUGUUCAUCUAGAUCAAGCAAAUUCAUGUUGGAAAUUUCUUCCACGAGUAUUCUGAGUGAAGGGUUCUUAUUACAUCAGCAACACCUUGAAGCUACCGAGGUUCUAAACAUUAGGGGUUGUUGGGGAUCAGUGGCUGCCGAAAAAUUUAAGUUCCUAACAUCACUAAGAAAACUACGGUUGUGGCAGUGCGACAUGGAUGAUGCAAAUCUUAAUUUGUGUUUGCAACACUUAACUGUUCUCGCUUCCUUAGAGAUAAUUGACUGCAAGAAUAUCAAAUCAUUUGCCUUGCCAGUUGGUUCAAGGUAUUUUACAACACUUCAACACUUGUGCUUUGAGAAUUGCCUGAACCUUUCCUCCUUGGCUACCUUGGAAAGCUCCAUUUUCCUGAAAAGUUUGAUCAUUGAGAGGUGUCCAAUGGUCACAGCAGUGUCCCUACCUUCUGAGAUGGAGAGAAUGACAUCUCUUAAUAAACUGAGUAUAUCACACUGCCCAGGGUUUCAGUCAUUGCCGAGCAGUAUCCCACCAUCCCUGGAAUUCCUUCAUUUGGUUGAGUGCGACUCGAGGUUGACUGAAGGGUUACUUGAGAGGCAAGGUCCAGAGUGGGAGAAGAUUGCCUUUAUCUCCCAAAUCACAGUAUAUUGAUUGUAUGGCUUGUGCUAGUUGUUGCACGGUUUGUGUGUGGUUAUGGAGCCAAUAUCUGGAUUUCAUACAUGAAGCUAACACUCUACGUACACCUGAAAGCAUACCUACAAAUAGAAUUGGAAUGUCUUGAUGAGAUUCUUGGGAACUCCAAAGCUUUGUGAAGAAGCAACCACUAUCUACUGGCCAAUGCAAAUGCGGUUGAUCAUUCGAAGGCAUGGCCUACUUAUGUACCGCAAGCUAAAUCCGCUGGAACUUAUGGAGUAGAAGCUCUUGUGGUCAUAGUUUAAAAACCUAAUUUGAAUGCAUUGCCUGCCAACAUAUGGAGUCUCCAUCUGUCACUUCACUUACCCAUGAAGUUGCUUUGCUUUGGCAUUUCAGUUAAUCUCUAAGAUGUAUGACUCUCGGAAGGUAUAAUCCCAGAAAGGUGAAGAUCAAGUGUUAAUGCAAGUGUUUCAAGAGAGAGCAUACCACAGGUUUUGUGAGACACUAACUAGUUACUGCAAUGUAAAUGCUGCCAUAUCAACAGGAUAAAUAGAUUAUCGCUCCCUGUAAAUUGUGUAGUUGUUUCCGAUAGUAAACAUCAACACCAUUCAUAUAAAUGUUUGAAAUUGAAAUAAUGUGUAUGUUCUACAUAAAUUGCUGGCAUACUACAAGUUGUACUGAAAUCCUUGUUUCCUCAUUAUCGUGUGCCAUAUUGUAGGAGUUGCCAUUCUUUACUUGACAUGAGACGUUUUUGUAAUGUGGGCAUCCUUCGCCAAAAUAUUUGUCCAUUUCGGGACCAUAAGGUGUGAUUCAACUCCAUUGGGGAGUGAAAUAGGGGAAUCACGGGGAAAGAAUCAGGGGUAUCUUUUUGUUUUGUGGGAAAGAAUUAGGGGUAUCUGGUUGCCAUAUAAAUCAAGUUUGUACUUAAUUGUACCUUUUCUGUUCCAAACUAGAUGCCAUUUUGGCUUUUCAUGGUCAGUGCUAAUUUUACUGUUAGUUUUAUAUGAAUACGGUGUGUAAAGGAGUCGGGAAAUAUUAUGAAACCUAUGCACGACAAACCUAAUGAGUACAAUUUCAACAUAACCAACUAAAAUUGUGUUACUAAUUAUUACUUUUCAAAGAUAGAGAAGUUUGACUGCACACCUAAAGCAUCAUCCAUUUUGGAAUGGAGCUAGUAGCAACUAAAAGUGUUUGUGAAUACGCCGUUCUGUCUGUGUUAACAAGGAUGAUCAUUGUACCCGACGUACAGAACUAGACAGAUAUGAUGCAUUGAGCAUCAGAACUUUUGUUUUACCUCUCCUUAUUGUCCUAUUCGGAUUCGGAAAUUUCCUUGAAGCUGACAGAAACUUGCCCUACACUCCAUAGAAUUAUUCCUUCAAAAUGAGAAUAUGCUGUCCAGAUAAGCCAUUGUGGUUUGGAGUUAUUCUUUGUUUCCUAGUGACCUAAGAGAAACUUAACUCCAUCUUUAAAACAAUAAUCUACCAUCAACAGAAGGCAUUGCGCAUCUGCGCAGACAAUAAACCACAGAACACAGACCAUCUGGGGGAUUCUAAGUACAGGUGGAGCUAACAUGUGCAUGAAUGUUGUUAAUUAAUGCACUAAAGGAAAUAAAGGACAUCUGAGCUCAUGGAUCUGGCAACUGUACCUCGACCUGCAAGUGAGAAGGUACACCUGGCAGUGGGGGAUGAUGCUAAGCAGUGUUGGCUUGCUCUCCGAUGGGCUUUGCACUUCAUCCCACCACAGAUGUUGUUAGUUCUUGUCCACAUCCACAGGCCAAGUA